CACCUUGAAACCGGUGCGUACGCCACUCGACCACGGAGAUCGACGGAGAAUGCAUAUGAGUUUCAUAGUUAGUGGGGGACUACACCUAAGUAUUUAGUAUGCCAUAAAUCAUUAGUAUAAUGUCAACUUGACGUGUAUGACUAUAAAUUACUCUAAACCAGAACAAAUUCAUGAAGUAAUUACCUCAUAAAUCAAAUAAUACAUAUCAAAACGUUGUAUGGUUCUCAUGGCAAUCACAGCGUUCUUAUAAAUACGACUGAACAGUUUCCUGGUCCAUUUUUAUUGGGCUUAAUGUUAAGGGUACCAGAAAUAUUGUAAGUUAGGGGUAAAGUGUAUUUAGCCAGGAUGCAGGGAGGGGUGGUUGGAGGCAUUUGCCUCCUAUCCUUCCUGUUAUCUAUAGGCCGAACUGAGGAAUUGGCAGGUGUUAAAGAUCCAGAAGUUCCACAAAACAUACAAGAUUUAAGGCGGAGAGAAGAUUCGAAGGAUUUAAGUGAAUUAGAUUCGUCAGACGAUCUCAGAAAUGAAAUAGGUUUAGCUGUAACGGAGACAAUUUCUCAAGAAAAUGAAGGGCGUUCAGGCGCAAUGGCACAGAGCAGUGCUUUUAGUUUCGGGGGUUCAUCUGUCAGUAACGCAGUGGCUCUUUCAAACGGUGGUGCAUCAUCUUCUUCGUCGUCAGUUUAUUCUGACAGCUUUGGCAGUUCUUCUCAAUCCAAAGCUACUGCUGUAGCGGGAUUCUCCUCUCAAGCACCACCAUUAGGCCUUUUUAACGCUGAUUUUGGGCCUUAUAAAUCUUUAUCGUCUAAUUUUGCUCAAGCCAAUGCUCAAUCGUUUAGUAAUAGCGGGAAUUCUUAUGGUCAGGGACUAAAACCCUAUCCUUUUUCUCAAUCCUAUCCAUACGAUUCUGAAUCAAGUUCAGCCCAAGCCCAAUCAGAUAUUGGUUACUUUCCAACCGUGCCUAUUGUUUCGCCCGAUAAUAAAGGAUACAGUGCUAAUCAACCUUCUGCUAUGGCAAAUAGGGAGUCCUAUCAAACGAUUGGCUCAAUUGAAACAAAAGUUCGAUCAGACGAUCGAUUGUAUAGAUCGGACCCAGUUUUUUUGUCCAAUGUAAGUCCCUAUGGCCAAGAAAAAAGUUUCACGCAAGGUCAACCUUACAUUGAUAAUGGAUUAUAUAGAUCUGCGCCUUUAGCAUCAUCAGUUUCAAAUCCUUAUGGCAAGGGAUUAAGCGCCGCCAAGCCCCAAGCUCUAGCCGAUAGUGAACCUUCUCAAUCUGUUGCAGAGCCGAAUUUGUCACCUUAUAGAGAAGGACCAAAUUUUGAUGAUCUCUAUCAACCAGAGUUUCUACCGUCAUCUGUAUCAAACCCCAAUGGUCAAGACAAGAGACUUGUACAGACGCCCGACAGAGCGGACGCCGUUUAUGGAGAUCUUAAGAUUCAAGGAGCGAGUGACGCCGUUUAUCCAAUAAUUAAGAAACCUAACCCAUACGCGAAUGAUUACCCUGCUGAACUGAUUGCUUAUCAACCAACUGAUUAUAGCCAACCGGAUAAACAGUUAACGUCCUCUUUAUUUACUGGCGGACAAAGUUCGCCGAUCGCAUUCGAAGAUGCCAAAUCUAGAGUAAUUUCACCGGAUGAGUUCAUAUUUCUUAACAAAAUGCCUGGAGGCGAUAACUUCAUCAAGUGCACAAAAGAAAAUGAAUUCCAUAGUUUUUGGUCUUUAGGUCUAGAUUGCCUUGUAUGCAUUUGCCUCAACGAAUACGGCAUUCUAGCACCGGUGUGUGCCAGUUGUUCCGGGUGUCGCACACCAGCUCCAAAGUCCCCAAAUGUUAUGCCUCGACUACCGGAGCCGAUUACUGUUAGACCUGCAAGUCCUCCACCCGGAAGCCAGGAGCCAUUGCAACCAACUUCUGAAGAGCCAAUUCCUUUCCCUCCACCUCCUGAAGGUAUUGAACCGAAGCCAUCCCCAUUCUCUCCACCUUACCCAGAGCCUGUAGAACCGAAGCCAUCUCCCUUCUCUCCACCCUAUCCAGAGCCUGUAGAACCGAAGCCUUCGCCAUUUUCUCCACCAUACCCUGAACCCAUUGGAGCCCCAGUGCCGCUCCCUGAUCCUACCCCAGAAACUUUGCCAACGGUAUCGCCGCCUCCGUCCGUAGGUUCAUGUGCCCCUCUACCAAGCGGACAACCGUUCACAAAUCCUCUACACCCUUGCCAAAUAUGCGUCUGUCAAGAGCCAAACCAGACAGGAAAGAAUGACGUUCAGAUUCAGUGUAAAGACAACCCUCAGUGCAUUGCUCCUGCAGAUGUUACUACUUUACCUCCGAUACCAGAUGUCAGUGUGCCAAUACCACUGCCUAUUUGUGAGAAGUUCCCUGAACACGUGUUAUUCCCUCAUCCCACUGAGACCUGCAAACUAUGCAAGUGUGCGAGACAUAUGACAGACACCGGAGAAGCUGAACAGCAUAUAACAUGUUAUCCACACCCGGAUUGCAUACCGAAAUUGGAGCCAGUGACGGAACCACCGGAUAAUACGCUGCCCCCACUUCCGUUCCCAGUUGAGCCCUUUGAGUUGAAACCUUUCCCACCAUUAGUGCCUAUUCCCAUUGAACCUCUGAGAGAACCGAUAGAAGCGGUGCCUCUACCUGAGAUCGUAACUGUGGAACCUUUACCGUGGCCUCCAGUAACCUCUACAGCUAUAGUUUCUACAUCAGUCACAACGCCGCCACUGACCCCGAGACCUGGACCUCUCCCCGGACCUUCUCCACAUGAAUCCUGCCGGCCCUACCCCCCGAACCAGACGUUCCAGCAUCCCUGGGACGAGUGCCAAAUCUGCCAGUGCACUGAAUCAACCGCCGUCGGACUGAUCAAUGUCGAGGUCAACUGCUACACUAAGCCGUCCUGCUGUAUAGAACCUCCGGAUGCAUUGAACGCAGCUGGAACAGGUAACCCCAAACCGUACAUAUCACUUAACCCAAGCGACGAUAACCAAAUCAUUCCUAUAGGCUCCUCGGCUAGUGCUGCAUCGAGCAGUACUUUUAGACCACUGGCAGUCUACCCACCGAGACCGGCCAUAUAUCCUGGAAGUAGCCAACCCGCUGAUGGCCUGGGACCAGCCUAUCCUGCAGCUUUUUCAAGGAUAAAACCAGAAGAAGCAUACAGCAACCAACCGUCUGCCUAUCCGUAUCAACAGAGUUAUGUUCCGGGAUACGCAAAGCCACAGUACGCUGACUAUCCAGCCAGACUGCCGGUGCCAAAUAGUCCAGGAUAUAGCCAAAGCAAUUAUGGCUAUCCUGGGAACUACCCGUACAGUCAAGGAGACACUUAUCCUGCGCCUCAGAGUAAUUACCAAUCGUAUGACCCGAGGUACCCGGCACUGCCAGCGCCUAAUGUUUACCCCGCGGUGUACUCGAGACCUAACUACGAUAUACCUUCCAUGUAUCCGUCGGGGUCAAUCAUAGACGGUUAUCCACAAGCCCAGGGAUCAGCGCAAGGAGGAAAUGGCCUGACCGCAGCACAGGCGUACGCACGGGAUCAAUUGCUCAGAUCAAAACCUGAUUUAUCAGAAGACGUCGAGGACACUUAGAAUGAAGACUUAGUUUUUAGAAAUAUAUGAUUAUAGAUAUUUAAGAAAACCAACGACUUGGCUUCGUACCGGUAAUGAGUAGUUAUAAUACGUGUGCCCAGCAAGAGAUGCUAAAUAUGUUUAUAUUAAAAGAAAUGCAUCAUAAAACGUGUUUUAUUUCCCCCUUAUCACAUCAAAUGACUGCAGUUGCGAUAUAUUAUGGUUAUAGGAUAAUUUACUCGAUAAAAACCUUCUUGGUAAAAUAUUAAGCAACUUAAAUGCUAUUUUAUAGUAUUGUGAACGUAACAUUCUUUUGCAACCGGGUAUAAAGCGAGGAGUUAUCAAUAAAACAUAGCAUUGUUCGCAAUCGUAAUAUUAAGAAAACUUGAAAUGUAUAAAUGAACUAUGAAACGAUGUUAUUGUGGAUCCUAUUGCUGUUACGUAUAAAGGGUAAGAUAUAAACGAUAAGUAAUAGUAAUGCCAGUCUGUGUAUGCCCCACUGCUGGGCACAGGCCUUUUUUAGUAAAGGGAAGAUUUAGCAUUGAUCAAUACACUACGAGUAGGCAAUUCCAAUGUUUGGAAUCCA